AUGGAGGCGUCACAAGAGGCGCUACAGGAGUCCCUACAGGAGUCCCUACAGGAGUCCCUACAGGAGUCCCUACAGGAGUCCUUACAGGAGUCCCUACAGGAGUCCCUACAGGAGUCCCUACAGAAGUCCCUACAGGAGUCCCUACAGGAGUCCCUACAGGAGUCCCUACAGGAGUCCCUACAGGAGUCCUUACAGGAGUCCCUACAGGAGUCCUUACAGGAGUCCCUACAGGAGUCCCUACAGGAGUCCCUACAGGAGUCCCUACAGGAGUCCUUACAGGAGUCCCUACAGGAGUCCUUACAGGAGUCCCUACAGGAGUCCCUACAGGAGUCCCUACAGGAGUCCUUACAGGAGUCCCUACAGGAGUCCUUACAGGAGUCCCUACAGGAGUCCCUACAGGAGUCCUUACAGGAGUCCCUACAGGAGUCCCUACAGGAGUCCCUACAGGAGUCCCGGCCUCCGUUGUGGGCAACUUCUACAGAGGGACUGUAG